AUUCUGUGUUUUCAUUGUCACGACAACGGACGGACGGGCGUAUCUUUCGUCGCUUACUUUUGCGCGAGACGUGUGGCAUAUUUUUUUCCUGGCAAGACAAAAUAGUGAAGGAAAAUCUGUCAAGCAGCCAAGAAGGAAAAAAAAGUAGAAAAAAAUAUAUCGAACGGGGAAACUUGGGAAAAUUGCGACUUUGAUUAGUGGAAGAAUUUCUACCAAUUCGCUGGAUUACAGUUCGGGAUUGUGAUUUUGGGUGAUAAUCGUAAAGAAGUGAAAGGCAGUGAAGUGAUAUUCGAUCCAAUCUAGUUGAUUCUCGAAAGCACGACAUUGAAAAGUGCAAACAUUACCUAAUUCAAGCCCACAGUCGAAGAAGAGUGAAAAGGCGGGGGUGGAUAAAAUAGAAUCGCAAAAAAUACAAACACCCCAAGUGAAUUGCGAAGUGAAUGUCACCCAAGGCAGAUUAGCAGUAGGCCGUAGGCAGCCUAGUUUCCAAUAGGAAUGUUUCCACAGCAACGCAGAAAAGUGUGUCUGACAGUAAUGUGAAGUGGUUAUGCUGCUGAACAGGAAAAUAAUUCAGUGAAUACAGAAAAAAAUGUGCCAAAGUGGUAAAUCCAUAAAGCAGAAGUUGUUGUCGAAAGCGCGAUCGCUGCUAAUCGAUUAAUGUGCGUCGAGUCGAAAAAUUGCUCAUUGUGUGUUUGACUUCGGUCGCGGUCUGAGUGAGAAUCCUGGAGUGAAAAUGCCGGUCGUAUUGAACGGAUCGAUUCCGCUGCCCAGCAUUCGGGUCUACACCAGUGCCAGUGUCCUGUUGGUGUCCCUGUGUCUGUACUACGCGGUCAAUGUGACGAGUGAUCCCUUCUGGAGACAGCAAAGCAAUGCCACGGCAACGGCCGUGACUCCAACCGCCGGAAGCAAUGUGAACGCCAUAUUGUCCGGAAGUGUCGCGUCGGAUGCGGCGGUGGCCGCUGUGGCCGGUGCUGCUCGGGAUGUGGCUGCCGGGGCCGCUGCUGGGGGGAUGGUAGGGAACGGAGGGAAUAAACUGGACUCCUUGUUGACGGUGAAGGAGAUCAAUGACUUUGAGGAGAAGAUCCUGGCGGCAACGGAUGCCGAUCUGAAGAGGAUGAUGGAGCAGGAAGCGGAACUGCUGGAACGAUCGGCGGCGAACGACUCCCGGACGAUCGGAGCGCAUCUGAAGGAUAUCGCUUCGUUCAUGGGAAGCGAGCCGAUCUGCAUCUGGACUCUGAUCAACAUGGCCUAUUGCUGCCUGAUCCUGCUCGGUAAAUCGAUCCAGAAGGUGGUUUUCGGAGAGCUUCGAAUCUCCGAACAACAGCACAUGAAGGACAAAUUUUGGAACUUUAUCUUCUACAAGUUCAUAUUCGUGUUUGGCGUUGUAAACGUGCAGUAUCUACACGAGGUCAUCCUCUGGGUAUCAUGGUUCUCCGUCCUUGGCUUCCUCCAUUUGCUGUCACAGCUGAGCAAAGACCGCUUUGAAUACCUCUCGUUUUCGCCAACGACUCCGGGAUGGUCCCAUUUUCGGCUGAUCGCGCUCCUGUCGGCCAUUCUCACCUUGUCCGGCUUCAUGCUGAUCGUUUCGAUCGGAGUAGGCGUCUUCAUCAGCGGAGUCAACACGUUCGCCUUCAUGGCGGCUGAGUGUGUUCUGCUGUCCAUACGCACCCUGCACGUGCUAAUACGGUAUGCCAUGUUCCUGUACGACAUGCGCCAAGGUGGAAUCACCCAUGAAUCAGCAAUUUCCUGGGACAAGCGCGGCCCGGUGGCGUACUACAUCGAGCUGAUCUUCGAGGUGGCCGCCCUGGUGGUGGACUUUGGCCAUCAUCUGCACAUGCUCCUGUGGAGCAACAUCUUCCUCUCGAUGGCCAGCCUGGUGAUCAUCAUGCAGCUGCGCUACCUGAUCAACGAAAUCCAGCGGAAAAUCAAGAAGCACCGGAACUAUCUGUGGGUGUUGAACCACAUGGAGAAGAGCUACCCGCUGGCGACGGCGGAGGAUCUCAAACAGAACUGCGACAACUGUGCCAUUUGCUGGGAGAAGAUGGAAACGGCGCGGAAGCUACCGUGUUCGCAUCUGUUUCACAAUUCAUGUCUGCAGUCAUGGUUGGAGCAGGACACCAGCUGCCCGACCUGCCGUUUGGGAUUGAGUGUACACAACAACAAUGUCAGCAUUCUGCCGAACGAGAUUCGCAUCGAUGAUACGGAGCCAGCGGGCCGAACGGCCAACAACCACUUCUUCCACUUCAACGGAUCGCGAUACGUGUCCUGGCUGCCGAACUUCUCCGUAGAAGUGACCCAUAUCAACUCCGUUCUCCGAAACGAGCCAAGUCCUCGCGAAACAGCGGUCAAUCACACCUCGCAAAUUCGGAACAUGGCACGACACGUGCAGGAGAUGUUUCCGCGCUUUCCGCUGUCGACUCUGAUAGCCGAUCUACAAAUUUCCCGGUCGAUCGAAGUCACGAUCGACAACAUUCUGGAGGGACGCCUGCAGGUACCGGCGCGAUUCCAAGAAUUCGACGACCUUCUCGACGAUGACAAUGCCACGACGACCAACACUGCGACGACAACCAACGGGUACGACGGAAACAGCACCAGUGCUACCUUGAGCAAUAGUAACAGCUUCAACAGCAGUCAACCGGAGACACCCGAUUCCGGCAGCGGUGGAACCACGUUGAGUGGCUUCCCUGCCAUAACCGCAAACGACUACUACGUCAAUGCGGACGAAUUUAGCCCCAAUAGCCAUUAUGGGGGAGGGGGUGGCGGAGGAGAUGACUCAAACGUGUCGACACCUUCCUCGACUGGAAGCAGCAGCGGCUACGAGGUGGAACGGAGCACCAACAUUUUCGGUAACUUCGAUAACCUGCUGCGGGACGAGAGCUUCGACGAUGUGCCGUUGGGCGAUCGGUUUUCCAAGAGCUCCGAGGAGCGGGAACGGAUCCUGCAGCGAAGGAAGGAACAGUUGCUCGUCAUCGCGAGAAGAAAGUAUCUGGAGAAGAACAAAUCCGAACUGAAUCAGUCACCUGCCGCCGCCGGCUACAGCCAAGGUGACGCCAUACGGCAUCGCAACAAGAGCUGUAUGGAAGAGCAGCAGCCAUCGCCACUAAAUUCGUCCACUAUGCCAUCCUCCAGCUCACAAGCUUCCAACACCAUCAGCGCCACCACGGUUGACAAUAGACUAAGUACCCCUCCUGCUAGUGCUAGUUUUGCAGCGGCAACCAGUGACGGAGAGUAGCGGCCAAAUCAAGUCCUAACAACCUAGCAUGAUUUAGUAAAAGUGUAAACCAUUUUUCUUUUCGAAACAAACAAACAAGAAAGUAAAACAAUUGUGAUCAUUAUCAAGUAGUGAAGCUAAGCAAAACUUGAAACUAAAACAAAGAAGUAACUCAAACAAGUGAGUAAUAACUGCACAAGCAUGCAGCAGUGAGAAACGUAACUCAACCAGACAAAGCAGUAUAAACAGAACAAACAAACAAACAAUGGCUAAAACUAGCGUAGAAGAUAGUGGAAACAACAAUUCUUAACAGUGAAGUAAUUACAAGUAAUAAUCAAAAAGGGUAACGAUGUUCGUAUCGUGGAACAACUCCACUUAUCGAACUUAAUCGAAAGGAUAGUAAAGUAGUAGUUGAGAGUGGAAGAUUAGUGACACAAAAAAUGUACUGCAAGCGUUGUGAUGUUAUUUAUUUAUACUAUACUGUAACUGAGAUGUAACUAGAGUAGGUCUGAACUCAAGGCGACACGAGAGGAAAGUGUAUUUUAAAUGUACUGAUGAAAUGGCUACGGCUCUCGCCACUGACUGGGGUGUAGUUUCGUAGGCGAACCGCGCGAUCUGUAUUACUGCUUAAACUGUGCGGAACCGCGCGAAAAGUCUUAGUUAAUAAAAUUAAAAUCUCAUUGAUUCAGUUGUUACACACUUUUCGUUUCCUGGA